GAGAGACUUAGGCAGGAAGAGGAGGAGCAGAAGAGGCACAAGCUGCAGGCCCUGGAGAAGGCAGCUGUGAAGUUGGAGGCUUUCAUGAAGGAGAAGGAGAAGGAAGUUCUCCAGCUGCAGGAGGAAGCCAAAACCUUCAUCACCCCUGAGAACCUGGAGGCCCGGAUCGAGGAGUGCCUGGACAGCCCCCACAACCCCAACUUCGCCAUCGACAGGGAGGGGCGGGUGGCCCGGCGCACCCCGCUGCCCUAG